CCGAGCGACCACGCAGCAUGCUCUGUGCGCUGCUUCUCCUGCCCGGGGUCCUGGGCGCUGCCCUGGCCGGCCCCCUCUCUGGCCCCGAAGAGUGUGCAAAGGGCUCAGCAGUGUGGUGCCAGGACCUGCAGGCAGCAACGAGGUGCGGGGCCGUGGAGCACUGCCGUAGCACCAUCUGGAGCCAACCCGCCACCAAGUCCCUGCCCUGUGAUGUGUGCCUGGAUGUGGCGGCUGCCGCCAGCAACGGGCUGAACCCCGAUGCCAUGGAGAAUGACGUCCUGGCUUUGGUGAUGAAGACCUGUGAGUGGCUGCCCAGCCAGGAGUCCUCGACCAAAUGCAAGCAGAUGGUGGACGUCCACCACUUGGCCAUCCUGAGCUUGCUCGGUGGGGCCCCCAGCAGCGGCCCUGCACAGGUGUGUGCGGCUCUCACCCUCUGUGAGCCACUGCAGAGGCACCCAACCACUCUGGGGCCGCUCUCAGAGGAGGACACGUCCCAGGUGGUGGCCCCAUUCAUGGCUAGUGGGACCCUCAGCUUCCACCCAUCGCGGAUUCCUGAGUGCCAGGACUGUGUCCAGCUGGUCACCCGGCUCCAGGAUGCUGUUGGGCCCAAUCUGUCCAACUUGGCAGAGGUGACCACACAGGAGCAAUGUGAGUCCCUGGGGCAGGGCCUGGCUCUUUUUUGCAAGAACUACAUCCACCGGAUUUUUGCCUCUACUGGGCAAACCCUGAGGUUUAUCCCACCGAAUGAAAUCUGCAGGAAGGGGGGCUUCUGUGAGGAACCUAAGACACCGGCCCGCUUGGCUCAUGUGGCUGCUGUGGAUGGGGUCCCUUCCCUGGAGCUGGCAUCUCCGAGGGAGAAGAGCGAGGUCCAGAUGACGGCUGGCGUGACCUGUGACCUGUGUCUGCAAGGGGUCCAGGAGCUGGACCAGUGGCUGAAAAACAACAGCACCAAGACCCUCAUCAGCCAAGCCCUGGAGCGCGUGUGCUCAAUGCUGCCCACUCCCAUAGUCCGGGAGUGCAUCACCUUGGUGGAUGCCUACAGCCCCUCCCUGAUGGAGCUCCUGGCCUCAGUCACCCCGCAAAGGCUGUGCACAGCCAUCCGGCUGUGCGGCAGACGCAGGCUGACCCGGUCAGUCCCCGAGGCCCAGGCAACCACGCUGCGCCCCCUGCUGGACAAGGAGGACCAGGGCAGCUUCUGCAGUGGAUGCAAGAGGCUGCUCGGCGUGUCUGCCCGCAACCUGGAGCGUAAGAGCACGGUGUCCGGCAUUCUGAAGGCCUUCAAGGGCGGCUGCAGCAUCCUGCCGCUGCCCUAUAUGAUGCAGUGCAACCGCUUCGUGACCGAGUACCAUCCUGUGCUCGUCCAGACCCUCAUGGAAGUGAUGGACCCUGAGGCCCUGUGCAUGAAGAUGGGCGCCUGCCACGUCCCCAGGACCGCGCUGCUGGGCACCGACCAGUGCGUCUUGGGCCCCAGCUUCUGGUGCCGGAGCCCAGAGGCGGCCGAGAUGUGCGGCGCCGUGGAGCACUGCCAGCGCUACAUGUGGAAAGAGAAGCCCUUCUACGCCGGCAACACGCGUGACCCCGGCGUGCCGAGACCCAAUGCCGGCCAGUGACCCCGGGGAGGCCCUCAUCUCCCUGAAUCCCGCAGGGGCCCCACGAGGGGGAGCUGUCCCCAUCCCCAUUCCACAGAUGAGAAACUGAGGCUCCAAGCAGGGAGGCUCAAAGCAGCAGGGCUCUGUCUUGACCCCUGGCCCCCGGCUCUGCCCUUGCAUGUGCCUCUGAUGGACUGAACGUCUGGAUUGCGCCACCCCCACCCCCGGCCAACAGCCCCCUCUCCAUCACUGUGCUGGUGUGGACGGUGUGGGGGGCCUGGCAGUGGCCUCUGGUGCCCCUUCUUCACCUGGCUAAGGGGGUCCUGGCUGGGGUGAGCGGUGGAAGGGGCAGAGGGCAGGUAGCAGCCCAUCCUUCUUGUCAAACAGCUGGGGUGGGGGUGGCUAGGUCUCAUCCACAGCCACCGUCAAGCCAGAGCUGCUCAACCUGGGGCCCUGAGGGUGACCUCAAAGGUGCGUAUGAGGCGUGUCUGUGGACCUUCGUGGGCAGGAGGCUGGGGCCUAGACCACAUGCUGUGCGGAGUUCUUGGGCUCAGAGAAGUCCUCCCGAUGCCUCUGCCCACUGCAGGGCUCUCUCCCUGUACCCCAGACUCCUGCCCAGACGGGAAGCCUGGGCUGUGCUCCAAGUAAGGAGAGGCAAAUGUGUUGGCAAAGAGCCCACAGGGCCAGCCCGGGGGGUCGGGGGUGGCUUCUGGGGGCCGCGGAGCAGCACAGGCAAACGCGGCCGGGCAGUGACAAGCAGACCCCUCCACCUGUCGGAGCCUCAGUUUUCUGAUCUGUAGAAUGGGGGUGAUCACACCUGUCUCUUGGGGACGCUGAGACAGACUAUUUGAGGAGGUGUCCUCAAGCUUCUUCCCCUCCAAAAAGACCAGCAUCCAUCGAUCUGCUGGGACCAGCAGAACCCAGCACAGGGGUCCCCAGAAAAAUCUAGCUGUGCAGGUAUUGAAUAAAUGGCAAGCU